AAAUAGAACUCGUUGUCCGCGGACAACACCUAGUGUAAGCGUGGCUGUUGUGUUGGAAGAGUGCCCUCUGUUCACUCGUUAAUAGCCGCAGUUUCUACAUUUGCUGAGCGCUAAAACCAGCGCUGGUACUGAAAAUGGCGCGUUGGUGGCCAAUUUUGAGCGUUUUGCUGCUCUGCUGUGCAGCUGUUCACAGUCAGGACAAACUUGAGGGCAUUGAUGUUGAAGAGGUAUGCGCCGAUCGUCCCGCUGAUGAAUACUUCCGUCUGGAUACGGAAACCGAUUGCCGUGAAGUCUACAGAUGUACUAAGUCGGGCCUGAAAGAAAUUCAGUGCCCCUCCGGUUUGGCCUUCGAUGUAUUUAAGCAGACCUGCGACUGGAAGGCCAAGGUGACUAACUGCGAUGAGAAAGAGAGGCCGCGCAAGGCGAAGCCCAUUCUGAAAACGGAUGAGCCCAUUUGUCCCGAUGGCAAGCUGUCCUGUGGUGAUGGCGAGUGCCUGGACAAGGAGCUCUUCUGCAACGGCAAGCCCGACUGCAAGGACGAGUCCGAUGAGAAUGCAUGCUCUGUUGAUGAGGAUCCGAAUCGUGCACCCGAAUGCGAUUCAACACAGUGUGCGCUGCCCGAUUGCUUCUGCUCGGCGGACGGAACACGUAUUCCCGGCGGCAUUGAGCCCCAGCAGGUGCCACAGAUGAUCACGAUUACGUUCAACGGUGCCGUCAAUGUGGACAAUAUCGAUUUGUACGAGGAUAUCUUCAAUGGACAACACCAGAAUCCCAAUGGCUGCUCCAUCAAGGGCACCUUCUUUGUCUCGCACAAGUACACAAACUAUUCGGCUGUACAGGAUCUGCAUCGUCGCGGUCAUGAGAUCUCUGUGUUCUCGCUGACGCACAAGGAUGAUCCCAAUUACUGGUCGAGUGGCAGCUAUGAUGACUGGCUGGCCGAGAUGGCCGGCUCCCGUUUGAUUGUUGAGCGUUUCGCUAAUAUCACCGAUGGCUCCAUCAUUGGCAUGCGUGCUCCUUACCUGCGUGUGGGUGGCAACAAGCAAUUCGAAAUGAUGGCCGAUCAGUUCUUUGUGUACGAUGCCUCGAUUACAGCAUCGCUGGGCCGUGUGCCCAUCUGGCCAUAUACCCUGUAUUUCCGCAUGCCGCACAAGUGCAAUGGCAAUGCCCACAAUUGCCCGUCGCGUAGCCAUCCCGUUUGGGAGAUGGUCAUGAAUGAGCUGGAUCGUCGCGAUGAUCCCACAUUUGAUGAGUCGCUGCCCGGUUGCCACAUGGUUGACUCCUGCUCGAACGUUGCCUCCGGCGAGCAGUUUGCGCGUCUUCUGCGCCACAAUUUCAAUCGCCACUACAACAGCAACCGUGCCCCACUCGGUCUGCAUUUCCAUGCCUCGUGGCUGAAAUCGAAGAAGGAGUAUCGCGAUGAGCUGGUCAAGUUCAUUGAGGAGAUGCUCGGCCGCAACGAUGUGUUCUUUGUGACCAAUCUGCAGGUCAUCCAAUGGAUGCAGAAUCCCACAGAGCUCAAUUCGCUGCGCGACUUCCAGGAGUGGAAGGAGAAGUGCGAUGUCAAGGGACAACCCUACUGCUCCCUGCCCAACGCCUGUCCGCUGACGACACGGGAGCUGCCCGGCGAGACGCUGCGUCUGUUCACUUGCAUGGAGUGCCCCAAUAACUAUCCCUGGAUCCUUGAUCCCACCGGCGAUGGCUUCUCCGUUUAAGUUCUCUCUUUCUCUCUCUCCCUUUUCUCUAACUCUCUCUCUCUCUGUCUCUCUCUCACUUCUAUUUCCUUUACCAAAAAAAAAAAAAAACUAAACAAGAGAACAACGCAUUAGUAGUUCAACCGAGAGUCUGAUAAACUAAAUACAAAUUCCUACACAACGCAAUAAAUGUAUCUAUCUGACUGUA